UUUAGAUUUCGAAAAGAUCUCCUAAAGUGAGGCCGUUAGCGCUCCGAAACAAGCCGAAUUUAUUUAAAAAAAAUAUGUUCCGCUACGUAACUAUCGCAGUGUUGAUCGCUGCGGCGACUUCGGAAGUCAUAUUCGAGGGGCCAUGUCCCGAUGUCAAGCCAAUUGAGAAUUUUGAAUUCGAAGCCUAUGGAGGAACAUGGUACGAAAUGGCGAAGUACCCGAACGCUGGUGAGGAGGGCGCGAGGGGCAAAUGCACGAUGGCUGAAUACACAAUUAAUGGCGAAAAGGGCAAAGUGAGGAAUUCCCACGUCAUUGAUGCGGUUCGACACUACAUCUCGGGUGAUCUGACACUUGUCGCACCUGCCAAGGUUAUGCUGACAUACACGUUUGGAGGUCAAUCUAAAAACUCAUACCUCACCAUCUUGGAUACGGACUACAAGAGCUACUCUAUCGGAUACAGCUGCAAAUACUUCAAGGAUGGAAACAAACAUCAAGUCUUCGCAUGGAUCAAGUCUAGGAGCAAGAAACUUGACUGUGAAGCCAAAUACAAGGUUGACAACUAUCUGAGGACCUCUAAGGUUUUGGACUCGGACAAAUUCGUUCUGAACGAUUACUCCGACGUGGCUUGCUCGGCCCCAUCCACCAAAACUAUUACUGAGUUCCUUAAGUGAAUAGAUAUAUAAUUAAGUAGAUAAAAUAGGUACAUAAUUAUGUCUAUAAACUUAAAGUUUCAAUAAAUUCAGUUGUUCGAUUUACAAUAAAUUACAGAUAAAUAAAAUAAUAUAACAAAC